AUGUGUGGAGUUAAAUAUUUAAGAUGAAAUCAAACAAGCCCUCUCUCUCUCUUCUAUCUGUGUGUAUAUAUUCCACCGUCCUUUUUCAGCUUUCUCUCACUGUAUCUCUCUCUUUCUCUUUCUUUUUCUCUUUCUAAAGAGAGAUCUAAACCAGCUAGCCAUGAAGAAAGCAACAGCUCUGUCGACUUCGUCGGAUACGGAAGAACAACCAGGUGACCGGAGCAUUGUGACGGCGGUGAGGGCGGCGGAGCUGCCGAUGAAGUGUCCGAGAUGCGAUUCUCCGAACACGAAAUUCUGUUACUACAACAACUACAGCCUCACGCAGCCGAGGCAUUUCUGCAAAACUUGUAGGAGGUACUGGACAAAAGGUGGGGCUCUCCGUAGUGUACCGAUCGGCGGCGGCUGUCGGAAAAACAGGAAAAUGAAAUCCUGUGCUAGGCUUUCAAACGGAGCUGAUUCCAAAGAUUCCGGUGGUUCUUCUUCAUCGGACAUGAUGAAUGGUGGGUUAAAGUUCUUCCAUGGGAUUAAUGGAAUGAAUGGGAUGAAUGGGAUCCCAGCACCUGCUAUGGAUUUCAGUCUUUCAUUUCAUAACAAUUACUCAUCUCCAUCUUUUGGUGUGGACACUUCAUCUGCAAUUCAUGCAAUCCCUUCUGUUCCCAAUUUCAACAUGGACCCUGUUCGUAAUGGUAUGAUGGGUAUGAAUUUCUCCAAUGAUUUUGGUUCAAUGAACAUUAACAGUAACAAUUUGAACAUUGCAUCUUCUAUUGAGUCUCUGAGUUCGAUGAAUCAAGAUCUUCACUGGAAGCUUCAGCAGCAGCGAUUGGCGAUGUUAUUUGGUGGUGGGAAUGAAAACCAGAAGGAAAUUGCUGGCCAGUCUGCUCAAAGGCCUCAACCGAUUAUGUUUCACAAUCUUGAUAGGAAACUGGACGUUGGAAAUGGAAACACCAAUGCUGUUGCUACUGAAUGGUUCUUUGACAACUCUUAUGCACCGCCGGCUGUGAACCCAACUCCGACUAACAGCGGCAACAAUGGGAAUGAAAAUGGUGGUACCUGGAAUGGGAUUCAAGCAUGGAAUGAUAUGAAUCAUUACAGUGGAUUGCCCUAGAAUGAAGCUGAUGAAAGAAAGUGGAAAAGAAGAAGAAGGAUCGUGAAUCAUUAUUACCCCCCAAUAUUAGUUAGUUUAUAUUAUAAUUAUCUAUCUAUGAAUUUUAGUUUUAUUGCUGAAUGCUCCUAAAUUCCAUUUCCAAAUGGUUGAAAUGUUUUUAAAACUCUUGAAUUGUUGAUCCUUUAAUUAUUAUUAUAUAAUAUCUAAAACAAUUUUAUGUUA